GUACACAUAAUUUACAGUGCAACCACGGUAGGUUGAGCCGACUGAGGUCCAUAGAAAUUUGACAGCUUCACAGGUGAAACAACCGUUCAGAGGCUGUUUCACUUUACAUAUCAGGUUUUUCCCCGGAGCACUAUUCACUGUGAGCCUGGGGUUGCUACAGUCAAAAAACAACCAUUCGAAGUCAACCCAUUCCGGCAGCAUGAGCAAAAAGAAAAAGGACUGGAAGACUGAGAAAGAGAGACUUCUGCGUCUUGAUCGGGAGGAGAGACGCAAGGAGUAUCGACGUCAAGAUUUUGUAUCUUUGGACAAGAUCUCAACCUGGGGAGAGGAAAAUAGACCCAAUGACAAAGAGGAAGGGGAUGAGCUGACAGGCGGAGGAGGGCUGAGUGAUAAAGUAUCUCUCUACAAAGGAGAUAUUACGGUCUUGGAGGUGGAUGCCAUUGUCAAUGCCGCAAACUCCAGUCUUCUGGGAGGAGGGGGAGUGGAUGGCUGUAUACACAAAGCAGCGGGGUCCUGUCUGUAUGAUGAGUGCCACUCACUAAAUUGCUGUGAAACCGGCAAUGCCAAGAUCACCUGCGGCUAUGAUCUUCCUGCUAAAUAUGUGAUCCACACCGUGGGCCCGGUGGCCAGAGGUCAUGUGGGCCCUACCGAGACCAAUGACCUCACCUCCUGCUACCAGAACUCCCUCAGGCUGAUGAAGGAGCACGACUUGAGCACUGUGGCCUUCCCAUGUAUAUCCACAGGCAUCUAUGGCUUUCCAAAUGAGCCUGCAGCUGGCAUUGCUCUGAACACCGUAAAGAGCUGGAUCGAAGAGAAUCCGGAUAAGAUCACUCGGGUCAUUUUCUGUGUCUUCCUCGAAAACGACUAUGCCAUCUACAAGAAGAAAAUGUCUGACAUUUUUCCAGACAAUGACAUGGAGGUUACAGAGGAGCAGCUGAAGGGAGAUGACACACCUCCACCUACGAAAUCCACAACCGAGGAAGAAAGUGAAGACAGUAACAGACGUAAAGAGGAAAUAGGUGAUGAAGAUAAGGGUGACGAUGCUGCUGUUGGAAAUGAAGACGUGGAUAUGGCCAGUCAAAAUCCAGAUGUAAAUUCAGGAAACGAGGGGCCAAGUCAAGAAAAGGAUAAAGAUGAAAAUGAACACCAAGACAAAGAUGAAGAUAUAGGCGUUGACAACGAGGAAGAGAAAGAUGAAGACAAAGGCAUCGACAACGAGAAAGAGAAAGAUGAAGACAAAGCAAAGGAAGAGCAGCCUGCCGCGAAUGCUGAAGAUCACGACACGGCAAAGUCCACUGUGGAGAUGGAAGAGGUCUCUGAGAUCAGCAACACUGGCACCAGCAAUGGAGAGGAGAUGAAAGAUGAGAGAAAGAUCUCAGAAGAACCUGAUUCUAUUCUAACUGACAGCAUUCAGUCCAAAGACACUGUUGAGAAGAAAGAAUGACCAGCUGAGGGAAGGACAAUCAACUUCAUCUCACAGCCAGCAAAACUGUGCGAAGGCCAACACACUGGUGUCAGACUGGCCCGUGUCAAAGGGCUCUGACACUGGCCCAGUACAACCAGUUACUCACAAGAUGCUCGCAUCCCCACCUUUAUUUAGCCUAUUCCCUCUUUGUUAAGAAACUACUCAUCCCUGAAGUAUGUACUAUAUGUAUGUAUGUGCAAAACCUUUCUAUAUGACAUAUCAACCACAAUGAGAUGAGCCAUACCAGACAUAUAUUUUGCCAGCAGGGUGCGAUGAGAUAAACCAGGUUCAAGUCUCUUAAUUAAUUUGAUGUAUGCCCACUGUGAGAGCAUGGUAAUGCUGUCAGUCAAUCAACCAUCCUUCUGUUCUGACAAAGCCACAGUCAUGAUGACAUUUAACAGUGGAAUUACCUGACAACAGCCUGACACCUGCCAUGUCUCCUCACACACUACUGCAGCUCCAUUGUUUAGUCAAAUCAGUGGAUAUACCCUUGAUUCAGACCACGGUCUGUAAGGCGGUGUGCCACUCCCCGGCCUUUUCCCUAUGAACAUCACUGAUCACGUCUGACCUCUGUCCCUGCAGCUUGACUCAUUUGAACCAAGAAACUGUUCAUCAAGGCCCACGUACACUAAAGAGGAUAUGAGUGUCUUUUAACAAAUCAAUUUGUUCUUGUCCCCUUUUUUCUUUGCCGUUUUAAAAUGCAUGCCAGAUAAUUGCUUUGAACUUCAUCAACAUGAACAUGAAUUACAGUCCUCUUCGCUUUCGCUUGUCUCCUUACCAGAUUGUCUAUAACUAUAUUGAAGGAAUCUGCCUUAUUUCAUAUCAAACUACAAAAUCACAAUCACAAGGAGGUGGUCCAAGUAGGAAUUCUUGGUUUUGAUUGCUUGCAGAUGAUUUGUAAUUCUGAGUACAACAUGUAAUGGCUGUUGCCUAAUGCCUGUUGUCAAUGGUUUCAUUUGAUUUUAAAACAUGGUUUUGGUUUCUAUUAAAUGUUGUGAUUUAUGAUUUUUUUUUUCAUUGGUGCCAUACUAAAGAUCAGAUUAAUUACAGUUAUAUGAAAGGAUGCCUUCAUACUUUGAUGUUUGCUUUGCUAAACUAUAACAACUAAUAAAAUGUAAAGGUGGAAGCCAUGUCUCA